AUGGCCAAGACACAUAACUUCCUUUUCACUGGAUUAUUGAUUUUCAUCUCAGUGCAGUGGACUCUGUGCACUUUAGCGGAAGAGCGUAAUGCAGACUACUGGAACAACAAAGGCAGGCAGGCUCUCCACACUGCUCUGAAUAAUCAGCCCAACAUGCACAAAGCCAAGAACAUCAUUCUUUUCCUGGGGGAUGGUAUGGGAAUAACAACAGUGACCGCUGCCCGGAUUCUCAAAGGCCAGUUGGCAAAACAAUCUGGGGAGGAGAGUAGUUUGGUUAUGGAUACCUUCCCUUAUCUGGCACUGUCUAAGACAUACAAUGUGGACCAGCAGAUGCCAGACAGUGCUGGCACAGCCACGGCAUACUUAUGUGGUGUGAAAGCCAACUACGGCACUGUGGGUGUCACUGCUGCCACCCAAAGGAACAACUGUGCUGCUUCGCGUGGAAAUGAAGUCAAAUCUAUUCUGCAUCGUGCCAAGAAAGCAGGGAAAAAAGUUGGAAUCGUCACAACGACCAGAGUACAGCACGCCUCCCCUGCUGCAAGCUAUGCUCACUCUGCUAACAGAGACUGGUAUGCUGACUCUGAUCUCAGCUCUGAGGCUAUCCAAAAUGGCUGCCGUGACAUUGCUUAUCAACUGGUUCACAACACAGAGAUAGAUGUUAUUCUCGGUGGAGGUCGUCAGUACAUGUUCCCCAAAACCACACAAGACCCCGAGUAUAACAAUACAACAGGAGACAGAAAAGAUGGACUAAAUCUUAUUGCGGAGUGGGAAAAGACCAAAGAAAGAGCUAAAUAUGUUUGGAACAAAGCCGAAUUUGAUGCUGUCAAUCCUCAACAUACAGACUUCCUGCUGGGUCUAUUUGAGCCCAAAGACUGCCGGUAUGAGUUGGAGCGUGAUCCAGCAACAGAUCCUUCCCUUACAGAGAUGACAGAGAAGGCAAUAAAGAUUCUCAGCAAGGGUGAAAAUGGAUUCUUCCUCUUUGUGGAAGAUAAUGGGAGAAUUGACCAUGGACAUCAUGCUGGGAUAGCCAAAAAUGCUCUCCAUGAAGCCGUAGAGUUUGACCGGGCCAUUGGGCGAGCAGCUGAACUCACCAGUGAACUGGACACUCUGACUGUUGUCACUGCUGACCACUCCCAUGUCUUUGCUUUUGGGGGACAUUCUGCAAGAGGAAACUCAGUUCUAGGAGUGUCACGUAACCUGGCUGAUGACAAGAAGCACUUCACCACUGCUGUGUAUGGAAAUGGACCAGGAUAUAGGAGUGGAACUCGUCCAGAUAUGAAUGAGUCAGUUUCAUCAAGCGAUGAUUACCUUCAGCAGGCUCCUGUUCCUAUUGAUUCAGAGACCCAUGGUAUAGAGGAUGUGGCCAUCUUUGCCAAAGGUCCGAUGGCUCACCUUUUCCAUGGUGUCCAGGAGCAGAGCUACAUUCCUCAUGUCAUGGCUUAUGCUGCCUGUGUAGAGCCCUACACAGACUGCAUUCUUCCAAACCAUGCUGUAGUGUUUCACUCUGGCCUGCUGCUCCUUCUGAUGUGCCUCCUUCUUACCCUCUGCUCUGCCUGAGAUCACUGUUCCAGGAAGAUUUGUCUGAUUUUGUAUUAACUGUGUUAUUAUACAUUUUUGUUUAAAAUUUAAGUUAUUUUUUAAUAAACUAGAAUAUAUAUAUAGCCUACACAACUUUAACAGUAGUACCGUUAUGAUGCCAUUUUUGCUUGUUCUGAUUACAUUGUGAUGAUAAGUAUUAAUUUAUAUUGCUUAGAG